ACACACACACACACACACACACACACCGAGGCCAGGAGGAGAGAGAGAGAGAAAGAGGGGGUGAGCGCGCGCGAUAGAGAGCCAGAGAGAGAGAGAGAGAGAGGGAGCAAGAGAGAGAGGGAGAAAAAAUAUGAAACAACUCAUUUGCAGAGGAGUAAAUCACGGAAAAGCCGUUUGAGAGCGCGACAGGGCUCCGCUUCCAGCGCGAACACCGGAAUUGUGAUGCGCAGGAGCCCUUCCUCCUCAACUUCUCCCUCUUCUUCUUCUUCUUCUCCUUUCUCUACGUUUUCUGUUUCUUCUUCUUCGCUGGAGUUUUUAUGGAAUCGGUGUGAUCGUUGUUGUUGUUGUUGUGGUUGUGGCUGUUUCCGUUACUCGCAUCACCGCGCGUCCGUCACUGUGGCCGUGAGGGGAAACACCACAACAACGGUCACCGACACCGGCGGCAGACUCGCCUCGCGCUCUCUCUCUGUGUGUGUGUGUGUGUGUCGGUGUUUGUCUGCCUCACAGCGCGCGACAGAAGCAGAAAAAAGGAAAGCACGAGCCGCUGGUCGCUCCCUCUGUGACUCUGCUGAACACUGACUGAACUACUGUAAAAAAAAAAAAAAAAAACCACACCAACACAAAGAUGAGUUCAUAUUUCGUCAACUCGCUCUUCUCUAAAUAUAAGAGCGGAGACUCGUUACGUCCAAACUAUUACGAGUGCGGCUUCGCGCAGGACCUGACCGGCAGCCGGCCCACCGUGGUGUACGGCCCGGGCUCCGGCGCCACCUUCCAGCACGCCCCGCAGAUCCAGGACUUCUACCACCACAGCGCCUCCACACUGCCCAGCAACCCGUACCAGCAGAGCCCCUGCGCGGUCACAUGCCACGGCGAGCCCGGGAACUUCUACGGAUACGACGCCCUUCAGCGGCAGACGCUUUUCGGGACGCAGGACGCGGAUCUGGUCCAGUACAGCGACUGUAAGCUGGGAGGCGCGCCGGUGCUGAGCGGAGAGGACGCGGAGGGGACCGAGCAGAGCCCCUCACCGACGCAGCUGUUCCCCUGGAUGAGGCCGCAAGUAGCUGCUGGCAGGAGACGAGGCCGGCAGACUUACAGCCGCUACCAGACCCUCGAGCUGGAGAAGGAGUUCCUGUUCAACCCCUACCUGACCCGGAAACGCCGCAUCGAAGUGUCGCACGCGCUGGCUCUGACGGAGCGACAGGUGAAGAUCUGGUUCCAGAACCGGAGGAUGAAAUGGAAGAAGGAGAACAACAAGGACAAGUUCCCCAGCAGCAAGAGCGAGCAGGAGGCGGUGGAGAGGGAGAGGAGGGAGAAGGAGAUCAGGGAUGGCAGCGGGAGUGGAGGAGGUGAAGGGGGAGGAGGAGGAGGAGGAGGAGCCUCGGUCGCGGCUGUAGCGGGAACAGCGGGGUCACAGGCCGCCGUGAUUGAGGAUUGCUGCGAGAAAACUCCGAAGCCAAUGUAGGGAGGAAAGCGGGGACACGGGCGAGGAGGGGGGAGGGGAGGGCUGUAAAUGCUGGACAGGACGGGGGUAAGGAUGGGUGAAGAAUGGUGGGUGGGGGGGUUGUUUUUGUCUAACUUAAAGGCCAUUGGACUGCCCCGCUGUCUCCACGAUCCAAUCGAUGGAAGGAACAUUUCAAAAUGGCGACCGGAUGGACUGAUGAGGCCUCGAGCCUCCACGUGCUGACUGUUGAAAAGCGCGGGAAGAAAAAAAAAAAAACACGCAGUGAGACAAGAAAGUGAACUUAAAAAAAAAUCACUGAGGGAGGGGGCGGAUCAAUCCAAGUCGAACAAACAUAGAUUAAUCUAGUGUUUAAAAGAAUCAAAAAAAAAAAAAAAGAAAAAUGAUAGCUUCCUUUCUUUGUGGAACAAUUAUCGUGGAAACAUUUCUAUAUUGUUAGAAGUUUAUCAUUAACAAUUUUAUCUUUGGCAGCUGUAUAGUUUUUAAGUUAAAAAGAUGAUGGUGCACUUUUUACUGUACUUCUCACUUCUAUGUUGUUGUUGUUGUUGUUAUGGCAAUGAUUGAUGAUGAUGAUGACGAUGACGUAGCAAUUAAUGAAAUUUCCAACAACAUGAAACUGCCUAUUUAUGCUGUUUUAGUAGGUCGGGUCUCUUUUUUACACACUCUAAUUGUUGUUUCUCGUUUUAGUUGGUUUUAUGAUCGAUGGUGUUCGUUUUAUGUUGUCUUCCUUUUUCUCUUUUUGGGGUAAAAAGCAUGCGCACAGUGCAGAUUAAAAAAAAAAGAGAACAUUCAUAAAAAUAAAAAGGAGAAAAAAUGUGAUUAAA